UGUGUGUGGCACCAUGCUGUGGACACUGCUACUAGCCCUGUUGUUGCUUCUGCUGCUGCAGACUCAGCUGUCUGUAUGCUUAAGGGAAUUACGCAGCGGGGGUUCCAGCUCGCCUGCCUACUCCUCUUCAUCAUCCUCUUCCUCCUCCUCUUACAACGCCUCACAGCAGAGGCUGCCCGGAGCUAUUAUUAUUGGUGUGCGGAAAGGCGGCACCAGGGCACUGCUGGAGAUGCUCAACCUGCACCCAGAUGUGGAAGUGGCAAAGGCCGAGGUGCACUACUUUAACGUGGAGGAGCACUACCGCAGAGGCCUGGGCUGGUACAAAGCCCAAAUGCCCUUCACCCUCCCUGGUCAGCUGACGGUGGAGAAGACCCCUGGCUACUUUGCGGCCCCUCAGGUCCCUGCACGUGUCUGGGACAUGAAUCCAGCUGCCCGCUUGUUACUCAUUGUCCGGGAUCCGGCCGAGAGGCUGGUCUCUGACUACACCCAGGUCCUCCACAAUCGUCUGACCCGCCACAAGCCCUACCAGCCACUAGAGCAGCUCCUGAUCCACAAGGGCCACAUUGACCCUGGGUACAAGGCACUGCAGAGGAGCCUCUACUACCAGCAUCUAGCCCGUUGGCUAGAAGUAUUCCCCAGGGAUCAGAUCCAUGUGGUGGAUGGAGAUGCCCUUAUUCGGGAUCCCUUCCCCGAGCUGAGAAAGGCUGAGAGGUUUCUGGACUUACCACCCAGGAUAAGCCCCAACAACUUCUACUACAACACCACCAAGGGGUUCUACUGCCUCCUGUCUGCCGGACACGAUAAGUGCCUGGACGAGUCUAAAGGCAGGCCGCAUGCUCCGCUGAGCUCCCAGGCAUUUAAGCAGCUUUGUCACUACUUCAGGAAGCCCAACAAGUUAUUCUUUGAAAUGGUGGGGAGGUCGUUUUCCUGGUGCUGAUUCAGUGGUGAAUUGCAGCCGUGGAGAUAAAACACCUCCUGAACAAUGCCAACACAUUCAGGGACACAGAAAGGGAACCGUUGUUUGUGUGUUUUUGUAGGUAGAUGAGUGGAAAGAUUUUAGUUCAAUUAAAGUCAUACACAUCGCUUGUCAUUGAUACCUACUCAGGUAUAAAUGUGGCCAAUAGUACAUGUGUGUGUGUGUGAAGAUAUGUGGAGAAUUCAAACUGCUUGUGUUGAAUAUGUGGCCAACACGAACCUUUACCAUGACCAUACUGGUGCCUCCUUGGAUAAACUCACUUGAAGAAUCUACAACAACUGUGCCAUACAGAAGUCUACUACUAACUGCUCGUGCUUAUUUGUGAGGUGUCACAAGAAGACAUGCAGACUUUGAAGUGAUGUAGAAAUAGACAAGUCAUUAAAAGAUGGCUGAAUUAAUUAAUUGUUGCACUAUGAACUCUAAGUACGUAAAAAAAUAAAAAAUAAUUAAAAAAAUCAAUCGACGUUCAAUGUAGAACAGUUCCGAACAGAAACUAACUCCUUGCUUUGAUUUUUCUCAACAGCUGUAACAUGUCGUUAGUUUGUUGUGUGUUAGUAAAAAUGUUUUAGUUGAGUUUAAAUCAUUCUUUGUUAUUUUACAAGAAAUCUUUUAGAUGUUCAGUGAAAAUAUCUAUUUUUAGCUGUUUUGAAAGUAGCCAUAUUGAGAACUCGUCUUUUGUUUUUUUUUAUUUUUAAAAGUUUCAAUGCCAGUGUCGUACUAUCACUAGUCUGUGUUUCUUUUUCAAAGACAUCAUUGUAAUAAAUGUGUUCAGCCCUACAGUCUCCUGCCUGGUACUGCAUUGAACCCAGCUACAAGGUUUAAAAACAUCAAACAUGAAGACACAUAGAGCCACUGACAGGUCUCUCUGAAAGUUCCUCUCUCUUAGAGUGUAUGAAGAUGUUCUCUGUCAGUGUCUAUCUAACAUGUUUCUUUACAAUCGAGGAUCAAAGGACACCUACAUUUCUUUUCAUUGUGGAGUUAAGGGAUAACCGUCAGUUUCACCUCCACACUGUAACAGAUCACACCUGUUUGAUGCCUUAAUAAUCAAAGCCAGUAUGGAUUAGUUAGUUCAGUUCAUCUGGAAGGUCCGGAUCGGACACACAUGUCUUGACAUUACUGCAGAAAGUCCAAACUCCAAGGUUAAAGGAUAGGUGGAACUCUAAGCUGACAUAAAUCUGUUUCUGUCAAAAUAUUUUAUCAAGACUUAUUUUAUUUUCACCACAUACAUUUUGUAUAAUAGGGAGACAGGGAGUCGCAUUGUCCAUGAAGGAGGUUAUAGAGAAAGUAGUCGCCAUCUUAUGACUGCAAGU